AAACCCUUAUCCAAAGACGCAAAAACCAGACAGACAUAGUAGUAGAUAGUAGUAGAACAAGAACACCAUUUUCUCCAAAAAUGGCACUUCAUCUUCUCUGGGUUCCAUCAACAAUCUGUAAAAAAGAAAGAAACCAUCCAAAUCUCACACUGCACAAACCUUCUCAAACCCUUAAUUCUCUAUCUUCUCUUUUCUUCUCCAACUCCUCUUCUUCUACAACAAUUAGAAAACAGAAGAAGAACCCUUUUAUCAUUCAAUACUCUUUUCCAACACAACAACAAUUAGAAUCUUCUGCAGCAAAAUCUGUUGAAACCCCAACAGAAGAAUCAGGACCUAAAACUAGAUUACUUGCUCAGAAUGUCCCAUGGACUUGUACUAAUGAAGAUAUUAAAAAUCUCUUUGAGAAGUAUGGGACUGUUCUAGAUGUUGAGCUCUCAAUGCAUAGCAAGACUAAAAAUAGAGGAUUGGCAUUUGUAACAAUGGGUUCAGAAGAAGAAGCUGUUGCUGCCAUGACCAAUCUCGAAGCCCAUGAUUUCGAUGGUCGUAUAUUGAAGAUUGCUUAUGCACAUCCAAAGAAAAAGAAGGAAAUUCGUGAAGCGCCUCCAGCACCAACGAAAUUCAAUGUUUUUGUUGGUAAUUUGUCAUGGGAUGUAACGUCUUCGGAUCUCAGAGAGUUCUUUAGUUCUUUGAAUGAUAAUGUUGUAUCAGCGGAAGUUAUUUACCAGACUACUGAAUUAAGAAAGCCAAGUGGAUAUGGUUUUGUUUCUUUCAGUUCCAAAGAGGAAGCUGAAGCAGCUAUUACUGCUUUCAAGGGGAAGAUAUUGAUGGGAAGACCGCUUCGACUCGCACGUAGCAGAAGAAAGUUGAAAGAAGAAGUGAAGGCGGGUACAGCAUUCGGAGGACCAUCCAGUGAGGUGAACGGGGAUUAAGCCGAAGAAAGUGUAAUGUAACUGUUAACCAUGCACUGGUUCUAGUCCUUCAUACAUCCUUGUCUAUUAGGUGAGGUAAAAUUUUGUAGAAAUUUCAUAGUGUAAUAUGUAUAACUUUGAUGGUUGCUUACUCACUGGUUACAAGUGUUCUCAAAGCUUUCGUUUUGUACUUAGAACUGCAUAAACUUGGUCAUUAUGACAUACAAAAUCUUAAUGUAGACACCCUAGAGGUUUCUUUCCAA